CCUAGUAAUAAGAUGAGAAAGAUGUUCUUGUUAUUUGCAGCUUUACAAACUUGUAAAAAGGGAAGUAAAAUGGCUGCACAUAAGGUUGCUCACGCGACUUUGACAGGACCAAGUGUGAUAAAGGAACUAGUUAUUGGCCUCACACUGGGCUUGGCCGCAGGUGGUUUAUGGAAGAUGCAUCACUGGAAUGAGCAGAGGAAAGUGAGGGCAUUCUAUAACUUGCUAGAGAAAGGUGAGAUCAGCGUUGUCGCAGAAGAAUAAAGCUUCCACAAUUUCUGCAAUGAGUGGCUUGAUAUCCAGUGUUCCUGUCUAGGCUCUUGAAUCAAAACGAGCAUGCAAUGCUUUGAUUUUAAAAUAAAUAAAUUUUAUGGUACUGAAUUUUGUGGACCACAUAAUUGCUCUAGUGAGCCUAAAAGGUGUAUGUGGUUUUGCUUGUUUGUUGCAUUUUAUGACUGAUUGACUUGGGAUUUUUAUGGAUGGCUAUUGCUUGUGUUACUUUUGCACGGUUCA